AUGAGCGUUGGAUAUAAAUUUAAGGAUGUAUACAAUGUUGAUUCUUCACACCAACUUGGCUUCAUCUUUAUCAAGACAGGGUUGCAUCUCCGGCAACAACGAGGGUUGAUUGUUGUUAUUUUGCUUCCGCAAGCGUGUGCUGUUCUACCGAGAUUUGUUGCGGAGACUUUUGCUGCCCUGAAGCUUCCAAAUGCGAUUCCGGAAUUUGUUCAUUGGAAACAUUGGAAUAAAGUGACAUUUAAUUCGAUGUCCUAA